GCGAGGCAAUUGUGGGCGACUUCGGAAAACAAAGCGCUCUGUGUGGCCAGACCCUAAAAAGUCAUCUUAACUGUCAGAUCAAGAUUAACAAAUACACCAAACCGGCCACACAUAUUGUCCAACCUCCUAAUAAAAUUAUUUUCUUACCCAAGGUUGAACUCCAUACCCUGAAUCACAAACCUAUUAUCUUGCUGUGUCUGUUUAUGUCCAGAUUGUUAUCUCUUUAAAUUUAUUUAGAUUGAUUGCAUUGAGAUUUUCCUGACACGGGCCUUGUCCCUCUACAAAGGAUACAUAGGAAUGCAACAGCUCAAGCUAACAAGCCAGAUAGCUGCAAGAGAGAGUGAGGGAGGGAGACAGUGACCAAUCUAUAUAAUCCUAUUAGCCUAACAAUGAUACAGCUGGUCUGGCGUACAAGGGGACUGGCUUUAUUAGUAUGACCAAUUACGUGAAGGGAUAGAACAGUAUAAAUCCUUUGACAUUCCUUCACACACAGCAUGUCAUAUUUUAGCCAGUGUCAAUACUAUUCCGUUCCGAGCGACUCUGAAACCAUGAAGAACCUGGUGGCCCUGAUAGUACUGAGCCUUCUUUCUCUGCAUUGCACUGCAGCACAGGCUGAAGACAUCAACUUAGAUCCAGAAAAGUUACCUGCGUUUUGUACCAGUUAUAAGUGUCCCAGAUAUCAGCUAGUGAGAAAAUAUGAGAAAUUUGAGCACAGAAUUUAUAAUGCAACUAAUUGGGUAACCACAUCUUUAGAGCUGGACUUCCUUGGCAUUGGACUAGUGAAAAGCUUCAAACGCCUGCUGGAUUAUAUCAAUGGGCAAAAUUCUGAAGGUCUAGAGAUGAAGAUGACUGUACCAGUGCGUAUAAAGGUUCCAAUGAGUGAUAUUUUAUCUACUAACGCUACCAUGUCAUUCUUUGUGCCACCAGCUGUGGUGACUCCUCCUACUCCCCUGAACCCUGCUGUUUAUGUUGAAAAACUCCCUGAAAUAUCAGUAUAUGUCAGGUCAUUUGGUGGCUAUGCUCUGAACUCAGAGUAUGAGAAGCAAGCUAAAAUACUUGUGAAGGAACUGGUGGCCCUGGAACUGCCUUUUGAUAAUUCAUAUGGGACAGCUGCAGGCUACAAUGAUCCUCUAACUUUUUUCAAUCGUCACAAUGAAGUUUGGUACAUGGCGAUGUAAAUGAGGAGACACAUGCUGGUUUUUGGCAAACAAAAUGUCCAUGUGCAACGUUCGUUAGUAGAAAUACAAUUAUAAUAUAUAUCACACCUCAGCAUAAACAGUAAUAUGAUGGAGAGGUGGAUCAUGUAUCAAUAUUUUGGAAAAAUGUCCAAAAUAAUAUGUAUUCCGAUUGUGACUAUUGGUGGUCAGUCAUCCCAGAAUUUAAUGUGUUUUCAUAUUAUAAAUCACAAAAAUGUUUGGUCUCAAUCAUGAUCAGUGCUAAUGUAUCUUUACACUUUCCUGGCAAGGCCAAAGUCAUUUUACUCAAGCUAAUGUUAAACUUGGAGAAUCCCCAUCUUUGAGGUAUAUUUAUCAAAGAGUGAAGUUAGAGAUCACCGCAGUCCGCUAAAGUGAAAUACUGCCUCUCC